CUAACAGUUGCUAAACUCUAUAGAACACAAGACCAACAAAAUCACAAUAACAAAUAAAUCACAUAUUAAAAAGGUGUUUGACCAUGUCCACUAUGAUCUUCGCUCAAGCCGCAAAAACAGUGCCAAAACUCUGCAGAAAAGCUGUUGGUCCAUUGAUGAGCCAGCAAUCGUACAAGAGUUCUAAAUCCGACGCUGUUCCUAUGGCAAACCUUGAACCAGAUACUGUUUUACCUUACAAAAAACUCAAUGAGAAUCUGGAAUGCAUUAGGGACCGCUUAGAUCAUCCUUUGACUCUUUCCGAAAAGAUCCUCUAUUCUCAUCUAGAAGAUCCCUAUGAACAGGAGAUUGAACGAGGAAAAUCAUAUUUAUUGUUACGCCCAGAUCGCGUGUCGAUGCAAGACGCAACAGCUCAAAUGGCGAUGAUGCAAUUCAUUUCAUCUGGAUUAAAUAAGGUGGCUGUACCAUCAACUAUUCACUGUGAUCACUUGAUCGAAGCUCAAACAUCUGGUGAGCUCGAUUUACAACGCGCAAUUGAAAAUAACAAAGAAGUCUAUGACUUUCUGCAAAGCUCAAGUGCCAUGUAUGGAUUAGGCUUUUGGAAGCCAGGCAGUGGAAUUAUUCAUCAAAUUCUUCUUGAGAACUACGCUUUCCCAGGGCUAUUGAUGAUAGGCACCGACUCUCACAUUCCCAAUGCGGGAGGCUUAGGUGGUGUCUGUGUGGGAGUAGGUGGAGCUGAUGCUGUAGAUGUCAUGGCUGGAAUGCCUUGGGAAUUGAAGUGCCCAAAUAUAAUUGGAGUUCAUUUGACUGGCAAAAUCAGUGGGUGGACUUCACCUAAAGAUGUUAUUUUAAAAGUAGCCGAGAUACUUACAGUUAAGGGGGGAACGGGAGCAAUAAUUGAAUACCAUGGAGAGGGUUGUGAAUCAAUCUCUUGUACGGGCAUGGCGACUAUAUGUAACAUGGGUGCCGAGAUAGGGGCAACAACGUCAGUGUUCCCUUUCAACGAGAGAAUGGUGAAGUAUCUGUGCGCUACCGGAAGAGGAGCCAUUGCUGAAGAAGCCGAAAAGUAUGAGGAGAUGCUAAUACCAGAUGAAGGGUGUAAAUACGAUAAAGUUAUUAAGAUCGAUCUGGAUAAAUUAGAGCCAUUAGUAAAUGGACCUUACACACCCGAUUUGGCACAUCCAAUUAGUAAACUUGGGGAGAACUCUGAGAAGAACGGUUAUCCGAUGAAUAUAAAAGUCGCACUUAUCGGCUCCUGCACCAAUUCUUCAUAUGAGGACUUGGGACGUUGUGCCAGUAUUGCUCAAGAUGCAAUUGAUCAUGGUCUGACAACUCAAGUACCAUUUAAUGUAACUCCAGGCUCAGAACAAAUUCGAGCAACAAUUGAACGUGAUGGAAUUUUGGACGUACUCCAAAAAUUUGGUGGAACUGUUUUGGCUAAUGCAUGUGGACCAUGCAUUGGUCAAUGGGAUCGCAAGGACGUAAAGAAGGGAGAAAAGAACACCAUUGUCACAUCGUAUAAUCGAAAUUUUACCGGUCGGAACGAUGCGAAUCCGGCGACACAUUGCUUUGUGACUAGUCCUGAGAUGGUAACCGCCCUCGCUAUUGUUGGAUGCUUAAGCUUUAAUCCAUUGAAAGAUGAAUUGACUGACAGUAAAGGAAAAAAGUUUAAGCUUAAAGAGCCUAAGGCUGAUGAGCUUCCUUCUGAUGGAUUUGAUCCUGGGCAAGAUACUUAUACAGCUCCUCCCAAAGGUAAAAGGAGCAAAGUUACAGUGAAUCCUAAGUCAAAACGUUUGCAGCUUUUGCAGCCUUUUGAAAAAUGGGAUGGCAAAGAUCUAACCGAUCUCACAGUUUUGAUAAAGGUGAAAGGAAAAUGUACUACUGAUCACAUCUCAGCCGCCGGGCCCUGGCUCAAGUAUCGUGGACAUUUGGACAAUAUAUCGAACAAUAUGUUUAUUGGUGCUGUGAAUGCUGAGAACAACGAGAUGAAUAAAGUGAAGAAUCAGCGAAGUAAUGAUUGGGGAACAGUGCCCGAUGUUGCUCGAGACUAUAAAGCUAACAAAAUUAAGUGGGUUGCAGUCGGAGAGGAGAACUACGGAGAGGGUUCUUCCCGAGAACACGCUGCACUAGAACCUCGACAUCUUGGUGGAGUGGCAAUCAUAGUUAAGUCUUUUGCUCGAAUUCACGAAACUAAUCUGAAGAAACAAGGCCUACUUGCUUUAACAUUUUCCAAUGCCAGUGACUAUGACAAGAUCCAACCAAACAGCAAAUUAUCCCUACUCAAUCUUGCUAAGUUGACACCUGGAGAACCAGUUGAAUGCGAGAUUAAAACCGGGGGCAAUUCUGAGAAAAUAAAACUAAAUCAUUCGUUUAAUGCGGAACAGAUUGAAUGGUUUAAGGCUGGCAGCGCUCUUAAUCGAAUGAAGGAGACGCUAAGUAAAUUAAAAUAAUAAGUAAAAUUAAAUGUAAAUAAAUUAUAUGUAUAAAGUAUUGAUUGAAAUCAUAAAAUACACAUUAAAAAUUGUUUAUUUUUAAUAUAA